UCAUUUCCCCUCUACUCACAACCUUACCCAUCUAGUCGUUCACGGUAAGCAUGCGUAUCUCUGGAUCUUAUCCAUCGCAUUCGUCAGCGAUGCUGGUGUGGUUCGCCAUGUUCGCAACCACUACGAGAAUUAGUUGGUCGUUUCCUGCCGUGUCGUCAUCGCCGCAUCGGAUACUUGACCGCUACGCAUCCACGUUGGCUUUGUCUUCUUCCAGCGAAACAGCGAGUUUGGAACCCACUUACCAAGCUGUCUUUGACUUUGCCAAACCUACCACGGUCAACGGGUUUGAUCGAAUCGAUGAUGUCAUCAUGGGCGGUGUUUCGACGUCGACCUUGCAAUCUGCAACAGAUGACGCCUAUGCCAGAUGGUUUGGCAACUGCCGCGUGGACGGCGGAGGAUUUUGUGGUAUUCGCACUUUGCCGUUCGUCGAGCCUCUUCGGGUAGCGAGUACCGACGCUAGUCCCAGCGACGGCGGCGGGUUUUAUUUGGUAGCACGCUUGGCGAGCGACGACGAACCCCAGAGGCGGGUAUGGAAAAUGACGACGCGCGUCAAACCAGAUCGCGGGGAACUACUGUACCAAGCACGGUAUCACCUUGAACGCGCGUCGCCUGAUGCGGAAGGGUGGUCACGUGUUCAAGUACCGUUUGAUUCGUUCCAAUUGGUGCGGGGACCACGAACUAUUCCAGACGGACCACCCCUAAAUGUCACGGGUGGAAUAUAUCAGAUCGGUAUGACCUUGUCCAAGUUUGAACUAGGAGCGAAUGUGUCGGAACUUGAGAACUUUCGUCCGGGUUUCUUUGAAUUGCAAAUCAAAGAAAUUGGAGUUUAUACUAAAAGAGAAGACAACCAACAGGACGGAGUUUCCAAGCCCAGAGUGUUGUCCAAGGACGAAGCCCAAAAGAAACGGCCGCUUUUUCUGAAGCUGGUGUUGCCCGUUUCCACAGCCUUUUUUACGGAGCAAAGUCAACGCCGCAAGUCCGCCAUGCGUCUUUUACGAGAGAAGCGGGGACUGUCUCGGGGGCGAGCGAUUCUCUUUGGCCUGAAAAGUCGAUCGAAAAGUUCAGGUAUUAUCGCAGCGAUUGGCAAAAUGUUCUGUAUUCUGGUAGCCGACAGCUUCCGCACCGUAGCGAGAGCAGUGCUCCAAGUAGGAUUCGUGUAUCCCACCAGAUUUGUACGGAGAAUACUCGCGGUGGUGUCCGGGAAACCAACAAAACCGAAACUAUCGUAGCACACUCACAUAUGAGCAAAUGUAACGUACUGGACGUAAAGUCCCCUUACAUCUUU